AUGCCCUGGCGGCCGCUGCCUCGCAUUGCCUUUGCGGUGGCCAUAUACCCGUUUCACCCCUCCUCCCCGGCGGACCUCCCCCUGGAACUUGGCGACGAAUUGUAUAUUAUUGAACAGGGUGGCUCAGAUGGCGAGUGGUGUCGAGGAUAUCUUGUUGCGCCGCCGUCGCUACUCGCAGGCUUAUCGAGUACCAAGGGCCAGACUCUCGAAGCCCGUGUUUUCUCCGGAAUCUUCCCGCGGAACUGCGUCGAGAUCCGAGAAGUGCUUGGCGAUGGCGACGGCUACAAGGCGCUCCUGAAUGGCGAUCGCAAGAGUAUAGAUGGGCUGACCCUGUCUGGCUUCGAGGCCGAUCAAUUGGCUCGGAACAGCAUGGCCUAUUCGAUGGCCGACUCUCAGGUUGCGGGUGAAGUGUCGGAUGUGGUCUUGGCCAAGAAGGGUAAACCAUCACAAAUUACCAUACAUAAGACAGACGAUCCAGAUCACGCAAGCCCGCGCUCCUUUCAAACAUACCCGACAGGAUCGAUUCCCCACACGCCAGUGACAUUUGCACCCCGCGACCCUAAUGCGCCGAAGCCCGCGGCGCCAGUGCCAAUGCUGAAAAUCGGCGACGAGACCCCGACAUCUCUCACCGAGCCGCUGGUAGAUGAGAUCGCUUCAUGUCUCCGCGAGUGGCAUUCCACAAACUUGCAUGAAUUGCUUCUGGCGCAGCAAUAUGACGUUUUGGAAGAGAUGUCGACAAUCGUGCAAGAAUUGGAUUUCGCCAGACGACAAUUACUACACAACGUGUUGACGAACAAGGAAAAGGAAACCCUACGAGACGAGACCGUAUGGAAACUUGUCAAGGCCAACAAGAUGUUGAGCGGAGAUGUCAUCGUCCGCGACCCGGAUCAAAGAGGCCGUCUGUUGACCGGUGACGACUCCGCAAUUCAGUUGGCCAAACUCCAGUCUGAAAUGAGCAUGCUCGAUAGCCGUCCUACCGUCAGCCCUGAUUCGACAGCCCUACACCAUCUUCUAUUAGAAAUAAACGCCUUGUCUGGGAAUACUACGGGUCCGGUCUCUCUUGGAAUGCAGCUUUAUUCGCGAUCCGACGCAGGGUCAUUCAACCCGUUAUCCGAAACCUAUAACUUGGACAUUCCAUCCCCGGACAAAUUUGUUAGCCUGACCCAGAGCAACAAGUUAAAGACACUAUUCACAGAACUUGCCGCAACUGACGUCGGAGAUGGAUCCGCCAAUGGACGCCAGCUAUACCUCGUUGCCUCAGUGCGGGCUCCCGAGAUACGCACGUCGGCUGAUAAUACACCGGUAUCACGGUCCUCGAUUUCGAGAGAUGGUCCAGGGUCAUCCAUGGCGGGCGCUGCGGGAGGGGUUCAACCUUCAGUUAAAGGAAGCCUACGGACACGUCGGAGCAUGAUGUGGGCCCCCAAGACACGGACAGGAAACAGUUUCGACCAGCCUAACAAGCCCGUUAGCCAAGGAGUCCCGCGAUCAUCUAGCAGCUCCUCAAGUGCGAAGGAGGUGGCAAAUCCGCAGCCCACAACUGUAAAGGACUCGAAUGCCAUUCGCACCGUUGGUGUUGGAAUUCUGGAAGUCUCUCCAGUCCUUCGACAAGAGCGCGACACUGAGCAGGUGAUUAACAUCUGGUCUGUGCCUCGAGAUGGCGAAGAGGGCGAGGGUCAUCCGGAUGGCUUUGAUAAGCUCCUCCGUCAUCUGCUUCCGAGUCCUACUGGACGCUAUGUACGCACUGGACCAGCGGCGCGUUUGCAUGUUCACCUAUACCCUUUCGCAAGCACCGACCCCGAAGACCUUGUUCGCCAAAGCCCCACGAUCCUUCACGAUGUUAUUCAGACCCGCCGCAUCGGGUUUUCCAAAGCCCCAACAAAGCCUCGAUCUGACAUCUAUGUCACAUUAUCACAAACGGUUUUGCCACCAGAUGCUCUACUCUCUCAUCCCACUGCCGGCCAGAUACCCUUGUCUUUCCUUACUGGACUUCAUAAUCUUCAACUUACCCUGGAGGUACGGGAUGCCGCUGGUGCAAGGGUAGACCGUUGUGUCUUCCCAUCUUCGGCUCCUAUUUCACACACAGCCUGGCGGACUACAAUUACAGAGCGCGGUUCCGCGUGGAAUCAGACCAUCCGUCUCAAGAUCCCAACCGAACGCAUUCCUGGCUCGCAUAUAAUCAUGAGUGUUGCAGACGCGCCCGAAUUCCCAUUCGCCUUGGCUUGGAUGCCUCUCUGGGACCAGCAAGCAUUCAUUCGGGAUGGAAGUCACUCGCUUUUGCUUCAUGCAUACGAUAAACAGACCUCGAGCAUGGAGAAUGGAAAGGGAGCUUACUUGAAUCUUCCAUGGAGCUCGUUGGGUAAGAAUGAAGCCGCCAAAGAUGAAGCGAUCACAGGUCCGCUGGCAACCUUGCGUCUCGAGACUCAUCUGUGCAGCACAGAGUACUCUCAAGAUCAGACCAUCCUCAGCAUACUCAACUGGAAAGAACGCCCUGUCGAUGAAGUGCUCGACACCCUGAAGAGACUACCAUUUGUGCCAGAGAUGGAGAUUGUGAAACAGCUCCGUGGUGUCUUUGAUGCGCUUUUCGGUAUCUUGGUUGAGAAUGCUGGGAAUGAGGAAUAUGAAGAUAUCAUCUUCAACAACCUAGUGACUGUGCUUGGCAUCGUUCAUGAUCGACGAUUCAAUCUCGGUCCUUUGGUCGAUCAAUAUGCCGAUGAGCAGUUUAACUUCCCAUUCGUUACCCCGUGUCUCAUUCGGAGCUAUCUCCGUCUUCUUAGCGCCGCCACUGAUAUGCACCAGUCGCGGAAUCUUCGUGCCGCGUUCAAGGUGGGACGGCAUCUGCUCAAGUUUAUCAUCAACGCUCGCGAACAACAAAAGGCGAAGGAGGAGGGCAUUGGCAUCACAACGGUUCAAUCGACCUUUAACCGAGACUUGCAUACCAUUUUCAAGUCCUUGGAGAAUUUGAUGAAGAACUCUUCCCCGGCACUAGUGGGAAGCAAAACUUUAAUCGUCCAGCACUUCCAUUCUUGGCUGCCCGAACUAACGAAAGUUCUUGGCCGGGAUGAAAUGAUUAUGAUUGCUCUGAGUUUCAUGGAUUCAUGCAAGGAUGUGACUGGAAUGCUUGUGCUUUAUAAGCUGGUGCUUAUCCAAAGCUACACACAGUUCGAGAUCUUCGCAUCCGGUGAGGAGCGACAAACCUUGAUCUCUAGUUGCGUUGGCUGGCUUGCUCCCUAUUGGGGAUCUACUGCCGGUGUUUCUGAUCAGUACCGGGACCAGGUCCGCCUCAGCAGUGCGAUUGUGGCCCAAUUGCUCACACAGCCAGAUGCUCAGCUGUAUGACUUUAUGCCGAGCAUUGUUGCCUCUUACUGUGCUAUCGCAACGGAGGGUGUCGAUGAGACAGAGUACCUUUCCCUCCUUUUCAGCAAGGCAUUCCCCUUCCAAGUCAAGACAUCGAAGACCCCGCACCCGUUCGAUGAGUCUCUUGUCGAAUUGUCUGCGCUCAUGGCGGCCCUUGCCAAAAUCGUGUCUCCCAAGACGCCUAACAUGAAGGAUCUGGAGCUUGCAACCUUCAUUGCCCAAGCAUUCGAAGCCCAUAACUCCAUCCUGGAUUGUGAAGCUUAUCCUGAAACUUGGUUCAGUAUUCAUGUUUAUAACCACCGUGCCGCGAUUAAGAGUCUCGAGCACCUGGCAUUACUCCUGAUUGAUAAACUUCUUCCGAACCCCGACGAUGCUGACGAGUUUGACACCAAGCUUUGGGAAGCUUUCUUCACCACCUUGCUGAAGGUCAUUUCCAGCGAUGCCCUUGCCCUCGAGACGUUCCCCGAGCAAAAACGCAGGGCAGUCUGGAAGAUCGCUGGGGAUGUUCGCGAACAGGGUGCAGACCUCUUGCACUCAACCUGGGAAGCGAUCGGUUGGGAUACAUCUGACGAGGAAAGAGAAAGGUUCGAUUUGAAGAAGCUGGGCGGCUACCAGGUUCAAUAUGUUCCCAACUUGAUACCUCCCAUCAUCGGACUUUGCCUGAGUGUUCACGAAGGACUGCGUCAUGUUGCGGUGCACAUUCUGCGCACUAUGAUAUUGAGCGAGUGGGAUCUGAACGAGGAUAUCUCCAUUAUCGAAACGGAAAUAAUCUCCAGCCUGGACUCUCUUUUCAAAUCCAAGCAGAUGAGCGAAAGUGUGAGCCAGAAGAUCUUCAUCACUGAGCUGUUGGACGUAUUUGAGGGCGACGCAGAUUCCGACGAGGGUCUCUUCAAUGCUGUCAAGGGUCUCAUCUCUACUGUUGACGAACUACUCGAUCUCCUGGUUGCUUCUCAGAGUAGCGCGUCUACGCAAAGUUUGCAUGCUCUGAAGCUCAUGGAGUACAUGAAGGAUAUGGGCCGCGAAGAUAUUUUCAUUCGUUACGUCCACGAACUGGCUGAUGCCCAAGCAGCUGCUGGUAACUUUACUGAAGCUGGCCUUGCUCUCCAAUUCCAUGCCGAUCUCUACGAAUGGGACCUCAACAAAGCUCUCCCCGAGACCCUGACCCCAACCUUCCCCGAGCAGACUGCAUUCGAGCGCAAGGAGGCAUUGUAUUUCUCUGUUAUCCAGCACUUCGAGAACGCCAUGGCCUGGGCGCCUGCACUGGCGUGCUAUAAGGAACUUGCUGCACACUAUGAAAGCACCACGAUGGACUUUGCCAAGCUGUCUCGGGCCCAGAGCUCAAUGGCACGUAUCUACGACUUAAUUGCCAAGGGUGGAAAGCAAUUCCCGCGUUAUUUCCGAGUUGUCUACAAGGGUCUUGGAUUCCCUGCCAGCCUGCGCGAUAAGGAGUUCAUCUUUGAAGGAUCAGCUACUGAACGCAUGGCUUCUUUCGUUGAUCGCAUGCAACGAGAGCAUCCUACGGCACAGAUCAUGUCUUCUGGCGAGAUCCCCGACUACGAGGGCCAAUUCCUGCAGAUUACCAGCGUUAGCGCCCACCGCGACGUUGGUCACCCAGUAUACCAGCGGUCUAAGGUCCCGCAUUCUGUUCGUGAGCACUUGCUGAUAUCUGACCCGGUUCGUUUCUCUUCCACGUCAAGGCGUCACACCGGCAGCUCCGACGUGCAGGAGCAGUAUGUCGAGAAGUUGAUUUUCACUGCCGCCGACUCAUUCCCGAAUAUUCUGCGCCGCAGCGAGAUUAUUUCGGCUCAGGAAGUUUCUCUGUCGCCUCUUCAAACAGCGCUCGAGCGAACAUGCCGCAAGACGCAAGAGCUGCAAUUGCUCGAACGCCGCGCUGCGUCGGGCGAGGAUAGUGGUUUGUCGAACUUGACUGAAGCCCUGGAUCAAUUGCUGGAAUCGCGCGGAUCAUCGUCAAACUGCGUUGCGAUGUAUCGCGUCUUCCUGGGCGGUGCUCAGGGUACCAAGGAGAAGCAAACUGAUAUCACGGAAGAGGAUGAGGAAGACCAGGACGAAGAAGAGGAGGAGCCUGAGGCUUUGGAUCCGAUGGAAAAUGCCUUGGCCGUCGCCCUCAUCGACCACGCUUUGGCGAUCAAACAUGCCCUUUCCCUCUAUCAGCGACCUGCCCAACAAGCUACCCUAGCCGAGCUGCAUCGACGCUUCGAGGAAGUAUUCGAGCCUGAGCUCGCAUCGCUGUCGACCUCCCCGCCGGAAUACUCCUCACCCACCCCUACUCAGCCUGCCCGUCGAUCUCCCUCGUCGUCCGAAUACCGUCGAACUCAGGGCGUUCAACGUUCCGUCAGCCCGGAACAGGAGCUGAUUCGGGCGUCCCGCGGUAAUACGCACAAUCGUAAGCGCUCAGAACGGCAGUCGGUCAGCCAGCGGAUCAGCAUCAUCAACCCAUUCAAACGGCACGGAGCAUCAAAUUCCAUCUUCACGAUCCAGCAAUCGGAUAGCAAGGGCCAACUUGACCAAGAAGAUGGUGGAGACGACGACGCGGCCACCAUCCACAGUCGCGCCACCAGCCACUCCCGCGGAGGGAAGAGCGACAAGCGGCGUAGUUGGUUUGGCGGCGAUAAGAUCAAGCACGACUCCUCUCCUUCGGUAGUAGCCGCUGGUGACGAUACGCUCAAACGGCGAACCUCGCGCAGUGCCUCCCGCGAUACGGGCGCGCAGUCUCAAGACGGUCGUAGUCGGGCAGGGUCUCAGCAUCGCGGCCCGAUUGCCAGCACAACCGCCAGCUCAGAGCGACCAGCGCCCGUAUCUAGUGGUGGCUGGUCGACUCUUCCUUCGACGCGCGAUUAUUCCCGUCCUGUGACACGCGAUAGUGCUCAUGGUCAUGCGGGGAUUAACGGGGGCGGCCACACAGCCACAACCACAACUACACCCAAUGCCCACGCUAACCAUGUCAAUGUCAACGCCAAUGCUCAUGCCAGUGCCAAUGGCAAUGGCAAUGCAAACAAUGGCAUGCGCGAUUCGGUGUUCCGACGAUUCAGUCUGCUCAAGGGUGUUGGCCGGAAGAAUAGCCGGAUGGAUUUCAAAAGUAACGGUGCUCUGCCGGAGGAGUAG